CUACGUACCUUCUGCGCCCUAUCUAUUUUUGACAUUUCCCAAACCCUUCUCGUUUCAAUUGUAGUCGUUUCACCUUUGUCAAACUUUAACAAUUUCUAAUCCAAAAAGUGCAAACAGGGCAUAUUUUACUGAAGGGAUGAAUCAGAUCAUAUGGUUGAAAUGAAGGUACCAUGCAUUGACAGAGGACUUGUAUUCCAGUCCAGUUAUCUUGUCCUUUGCGGCUUCUAAGGUAUUCUAAAUUGUACUAUAUUCAUACACACACAAAUUCUUCAAGAUCAGAAAUUAAUUUUUUUAAAUUAAUUAUUACCCCAUAUUUCACCCAAAUAAACGGAAACAAAUUGAUUGCAAAAUGACCAAAGUCGUUGCGGUCGUGGUGGUCGUAAUCUUCUCCGCCCUCUCGCCGUCGCUUGCUCGAAUUCAAAUUAGUAAGCCAAAGUAUGAGGCUGUCAUUCGCCAACUUUCCGGCGCUAUGCCGGAAUACGAUGACGUCAAGGACACUCUUCGCCUCCCAAGCGAAGCCUCAAAUGAGGAGGAAACGUUUGAGUUCGAUGGCCUGGUGGAACAGCCCGAUAGAACAGACCAACCUGUUGAAAAUCGGGCUGUGCACCGGCCUCGACCCAACAAUGAGUUGGGAAAGAAGCCCAAUGACCAAAAUAUAGACUUUGAUGGUGAAAAAGCCCACCCCAAGUCAAAUGAUGACAAUGAGGUCAUCAAAGCCCGACUCGCUGAUCUCAAGCGGAACUCUUUGUUCCGGUUGAGAUCAGGGGUUCCCUACCGCCUAUGCCGCCACAACCAUCUCCACCACAUCGAGGAAACCAUUCCCGACGGGCCACAACUAGAAUUCCUCUUUGGAGACGAUGCCACGACGCUCUCGUUGCCCGCAGAAAAUGCCGGUUUCGAGGAUCGGGUUGUGUUCCAUGAUGAUAGCGUUAGCCAUGGCCGAUCAAAGCAGUUUCCGUUCCAAUACGACCUACACGAUGCUAACAACAAGAACGAGGCUCCAAACCGGUUGUCCGAAAACAGCCAAAAUAGCUUUCGUGAAGUCGAGCCGAGGUGGGAAAAGUUCCUUCACCGCUACUACCACGACCAGCACCGCGGUCCCCGGCAUCUCCGCCACCACAAAGGGAUGGUGUGGACCCACUUGGCCGGAAAGGAACAAGUGAAUUCCGGUAGAGAGGUGGCGUUUCACAACAAUGAAGGGAAUGAAGGUGGCAGCCUGAGGAAGCGCAUUCGCAAAUUCUUGGGUCAGUAUUUUGGUUGAAGAAGAUAUAUGAUAUAGUAAGAGGUCUGAACCAUUAAGUGAUGAACCAGUAAGAGGUCUGAACCAUUAAGAGCUAGUAUAUUGCUUAACUAUUCAGAGGCAAAUGUCUGAUCAAUUCAGAUAAGAGGUCUUAACCAUUCAGACUCUGUAUAAUACUUAACCAUUCAGAGGCAAAUCUCUUAACCAUUCAGACAUCUGAACCAUUAAGAGGCUGAAACAAACAGUCUGAACCAUUAAGUGCUGAACCAUUCAGACAUCUGAACCAUUAAGAGGCUGAAACAAACAGCCCCUUAGUCCCUAUAUUUUUAGCAAAAGUGUGAUUUAUCCUAGAAUUAUUUAAAAAAUGUAGUACUUUCCU